AUGAAGAAGUCAGGUUCAGCAAAGAUUCCAGCAAAGGAUGACAAAGUGUCAGCUUCAGUCAUUCCAGGUCUUGCUUAUUCCCUUCGCCUUCUUUGUCGUCUGUUCAUAUCAAGAAAGGCCUACAAUAGGGUGCUGAAAUAUCCAAACUUUCCAGGAAAACUUCCUACUCAUCCAUCUCCAGGAGAAGCUAAUAUACUAACUGGCGCAGCUCUAGUGGAUUAUGUAAACAGCCGCCAGUCGCUUUUCGAGGCCAAGUAUUCUCCAGAAGCAGAACAUCGUUUGGGAUAUUUGAUGAGUCUGGACUUUAUCAAAAAUGCUCGUAAACUGUAUAGUAUCCCAAGAGCUGAAAAGUCAACUAUCAAUGUUAGUAUCCCAGAAAGCUUCGACGCUCGUGAAGAAUGGAAGAACUGCUCCUCCAUAACGUAUAUUCGUGAUCAGUCUAAAUGUGGUUCGUGUUGGGCUGUCUCUGCCGCUGAAGCAAUGUCCGAUCGUAUUUGCGUCCAGACAAGAGGAAAUGUGCAAAAGCUGAUUUCGGGCGCCGAUAUUCUCUCUUGCUGUGGUACGAAAUCGGUGUACAUCUUGGACGAAGAUGAGAAAGCAAUCCAAAGAGAAAUUGUCAAAAAUGGACCAGUUCAAGCUGCCUUUAUCGUUUACGGAGACUUCUCCUAUUACCGAAGGGGUAUCUAUGUGGUGAGCAAUCGUCAAAAGUAUUUAAUAUUUAUGCUUGCAAUAACAUCAGCAGUCCGACGCACCUAUCAGUGA